UGUGUGCGUAGCGCCGGGUCAGUGUUGUGUGUGAUUCCACGAAAUUCGCUCGUAAAUUUUGAUGUAGUGGUGUUCGUAGACAAAUUUCAGUGAUACAGUGCGCAUGUGUGCGGCGGGCAUUUCUUCAAUGAGAUUUCUGCAAUACUUUACAAGUUCGAACGUGUUGUGUGGCCUUUCCAAUGAGCUAUUGAUCUGCCCCGCCGCCCUCUAAGGUAUGGAAGUACGGCGACAGAGGGGAAAGAGCGUCGACCAUUUGUGCUAAGAUGAAACUAAAACAGUUCACCACACUUUUCCUGCAACACACGCGUCUGACGCGACGCCACCUGACGCCGGAGCUGUCACUGCGUCUGAUCACACGUGAGUGCCCGCUGUGGACCGCGCCCGUGGGUCACUCGCCCUUCACGGACCCCUACUGGGGAUUCUACUGGCCCGGGGGACAGGCUGUCGCUAGAUACAUACUAGAUAACGAAAAAAUUGUCAGAAAUCGUAAUAUCUUGGAUGUAGGAUGCGGUUGCGGGGCUGGUGCCGUAGCUGCGUCAAAAAUGAAAGCAAAACGAAUCGUUGCUAACGAUAUUGAUAUAUAUGCAUUAGAAGCAACAAGAAUAAAUGCUGAAAACAAUGAUGUAAAAGUAGAAACAAAUGCAAAUAACUUUAUUGGCGCGAAAUGUGAGGAAUUUGACGCCAUCUUGAUUGGCGAUAUGUUCUAUGAUGAAGAUUUUGCUAGAAUUUUAUUCGACUGGCUAAGUGAACUGGCGAGUAAUGGAAAAACUGUACUUAUUGGAGAUCCAGGUCGACACGGCCUCACACAAAGCAGACGCAGUCAGAUGUCUUUGUUAGCGCGAUAUAAAUUACAAGAACAGAGUUGCAUGGAAAACAACGGUUUCACGGAAACAACUGUUUGGAAAUUAAAUUCAUAGCAUAAUAA